AUCAAUAUUAGAUGAAUCAAGUUAUAUAUAAAAAGAUACUUUUCAUCCCUUAGCAGCAGUACUGUGUUAUAAUGGGAUGAAAGCCUCGCUAUAAAGGGGAACAUGAUUUGCUUGAAUAGACUUCCCUCUAUUUAGCUGGAGUGGUGAGGUAAAUCACGCUCGGACGUUAUGCAGGAAGUACGUGCUGGGGUGUAAUAGAAUUAGUAUUCCGCAAACUCGCUAUAUUGACGGCCAACUCACACUGUUGAUAUGUGGUAUCCGAUGCACGUGGAAUAAUGAAUAUUGAUAUCGCGACAGGAGACAUGUCUUCAAUGGAGUAUCUUCAGCUGUCUGAGAGACCGAUAGAGAAGAUAAAGACCUUUUUAUCCCAGUCGGCGACAGAGGAUCAAGUGCAAAUCUUGUCAGGCCAAAAUGUGGUUAUUGAUAUGAACGAACCCAUUGAAGAAGGGACCAGUGACACCUCACCAAGACACAACGCACCACAUUCACACAGCAUACCGUUAUCGCCUGUACAGCUACAGUUCCUGAAGGACAUGCGUGCUGCUUUACAAACUUUACGUGAACACUUGGCGAAGGAGGGCUUCAAUUGCAUGUUCAACUUCGAGGAAUCUACAGUUACCAUUGGUUCAAGUGGAUCAAAGAGUGACCAUGUAGCCCUUCAGAUAAUCAAGGACAGUAUUGUUGAGAUGGACUUCCCUGCUGAUCUGAUCCCUUUUAUGGACGAUGGAAUGAAUGCCUUGCCAACAGGAGAUGAUCUUGAAAUUUUAGUCGUCAAAGAAGGUCCUUUGGUGAAGUUAAUUGGAAUGGCAAAUGCUGUAAUGGUCGUUGGUGAUCAUUUGCAAAGAUCUCAAGAACUACUUAAAUCUCGCUCGUUAGUAAUAAGAUGUGUAACGAUAAACCUGUCUGAACACUGCGCCAGUUACUUACGUCAGCACAAAGAACAUCACCUAAAAGCUUGUACAAGCCAUCUAGAAGGGGUGCAGUUGGAAAUAACACAAAGAACAAUUGAGAUCAAAGGCCCAACUCAAGCAUCGGAAGAAGCAGCGAGGAUUGUAAAUGAGGAAAUCAAAGGCGUCUCUAGUUACCCUAUUACCCUGGGUUGUGUGAUAAGUAUCAUAACUGUCGGCGAGGUGUCACAGACAGUGGGGGAGAAGUAUAAAUGCAACAUAACACCCCAGCAACAUAUUGGCUUCAUGGAUCAGGUAGUGUCUAAGGGACUUGAUGAUCUCACACUGAAAAUAGCGCGCCGGAAGAAUACUCGGAUAAUACCGGUCAUCAAUGCCAUUGAGAAGCAAGAGGCAGAUGUGAUAGUGAAUACAACAAAUAUCAACUUGGAUCUGAAUCAAGGUGAGGGUGUAUCGUCCUGCAUUCUGAAGGCUGCUGGCCAGACUAUUCAGAAACAACUGAGAGAGAAGUAUCCAAAUGGCUUAAAACAUGAUGAAGUCGCCGAAACUGGCCCUGGGAAUCUUAAGACAUGCAAGACCAUCUACCAUGGCGCAUUGCCAUAUUUCCCAAAGAGAAACAGUCCAAACUAUCAACAGAAAGAGAAUGAUUGUUUCAAAUGGAUGAUUUCUUUGGUGUUCAACUGUCUCAUCAGGGCAUCUGAAAAAGGAUAUCAGACCAUUGCUUUCCCAGCCAUUGGAACUGGAGCUCUGAAGUACCCAGUCGAAUAUGUUGUCCAGCUGAUGUACAAAGCGAUUGGACUUUUCAAAGACGACAUAAGAUCAGGAUCGAUCAGAGAGAUCAUCUUUGUGAUAUUCCCAGAAACGCAGCUCCCUGUGAAGCAGCUAUUCCUCGCACAUGGCCAUACAAACAAGCUGAUGACAAGACAACUUGCAGCAGUUGAUGAGUUCCACAAAGAGAAGAGAAAGAAACAAACCCCGAGAUGGGAAGCUCGUGUCCACGUCGGUAAUACUCUGCUACAGGUCGUACACGCUGGUGUACAUGAGGCAUCGGACGUUACUGAGGCUGUCCUCGUCCUCUGGACCGAUGAGCAGAUACGAGAUCCAAAACAGAACCAAGGGCUCAAGUCCACAGCUCCUGAUAAGACAGACUGGAUGUGCACUUCAUAUGUAUGUGAGCUUCCUGAGGCCAAAUGCACAGCUGACAGUACAAACCUGCCCUCAAUGACGUUGCUUCACUCGUACUGGGACGGCAACAGCAACACUUCCGCCGUUAAAGCCAUUGCAGAGGGCAUCAAAACCGCCGCCAAAACGAAAUGCAACACUAUCACCAUACCCAUAGAUGUUUUAGGACCGAAGGCGAACACACCUCUGGCUGCAGCAGGGGUAGUCUUUAAUGGGCUGACCAAGGCCAGUGACUGUGUCUUUGUUGUCACUGUCAUGAUCCCCGAUGUGCACUUCUUCCCAACAUUUGCCACGAAGGUAAUAGAGCUGUGCAACAACCAGCUGCAAGCCCCUGUGGAUAUUGACAAGUCUCCAGUUGCAGUUGAGUUAUGGACGAAGAGCUAUGCUGACAAAGCGUCCCAAUCUCAGAGGAAUCAAUUGGCUAACAUGUUGAUGACCAUUCCUGGAUCAGUGUACCUGGUCACAUCAGACUCACAGGAAAGGAAUAAGAUGGCUGCUGAAGACUUUAAGAAAGAGGUGCUCAAAAGGCUGCAAACUGAUCCCAGUCAUACAAGCAGCACAAUUAAGCUCGGAUGAGAACCCCCCGGAUAUAUAAUGUGAGGUUGUUGCCUUUUGUCAUAUAUCAUUAACAGCUUCAUGACAAAGUGCCCAUAUGGACUGAUAUAAGCUUAGACUACUUGUGCUAUUGUGGAUACGCAACAAUAGUUAUACACAAAUGUAGAUUGUUGUGCUGUUCAUUUCUGGAAAAAGAACCACUCGAGUUUUCACCUUUGCGCAUGCGCGAAACGAUAAAACAUCCGCAUGCUUGUGAAACAUUGUUCCUUGCUGAAACAUUUGUUAUGCGUUAAUGUAUGAUAAUGAUACACAUUACAAGGUUACAAAUAGCAUUUCAAAAGCAACUUACUGACACAACUAGUCACAUGACCUCUGUUGAGUGUGCACUACAACUACCCUAGGGGGAACGAGUGCACUAGAGUAACGUGAUGUUGAGCAGUAUGACAAAUUAUGUAAUGAUUUGGUUUGUUGUUUAACGCCGCACUCAGCAAUAUUGAAGCUAUAUGACGGCGGUCUGUAAAUAAUCGA